AUGUUGAAAACCCACAUAUUUUUCCUAAUUUUAAGCCUAAAAAAUGUGAUUCUGGCAUAUAAAUCGGAUAUUUUACUUCAGGCGGAUUAUCAUCAAUUUUUCAGACAUGUUGGACAACUGUAAGAAAUCCAUGGCCUAGAAAUUCCAGACCCAAAAAAAUUUGCAGACUCAUCGAUCAAGCGAGCAAUCAAAAUGGGUUGUACAAGGAGGGCGAGGGCAAAUUUCUCGAUUUAUUGAGCGAAAAAAAUGUGGUGGUGAAAAAUUGUGGACAUAUUUUGAUGACUAAAGGUGGGGCAGGAAGAAAAAAAAAUUACGGAGAGAAAAUCUGGAAAAUUUCAGCGCAUUUGCGGCGAUUUUUCGAAAUUCAACGACGAAAAUUCGAAAAAGAGUUGUCAGGUAAAAGAGGGUCUGAAAUUAGGCUUAGACUUAGGAUGGGCCUAAGGCCCAGACUCUUAUCACGAUUAGCCUUAGGCUUAGUAUGGGCCAUCUUAUCAUGGUCCAUCUUAUCACGCUUAGCCUUAGGCUAAGUAUGGGCCAUCUUAUCAUGGCCCAUCUUAUCACGCUUAGCCUUAGACUUAGGAUGGGCCUAAGGCCCAGACUCUUAUCACGCUUAUUAGCCUUAGGCUAAGUAUGGGCCAUCUUAUCACGCUUAGCCUUAGGCUUAGUAUGGGCCAUCUUAUCACGCUUAGCCUUAGGCUUAGUAUGGACCAUCUUAUCACGCUUAUUAGCCUUAGGCUUAGUAUGGGCCAUCUUAUCAUGGUCCAUCUUAUCACGCUUAGCCUUAGGCUUAGUAUGGGCCAUCUUAUCAUGGUCCAUCUUAUCACGCUUAGCCUUAGGCUUAGUAUGGGCCAUCUUAUCAUGGGCCAUCUUAUCACGCUUAGCCUUAGGCUUAGUAUGGGCCAUCUUAUCAUGGGCCUUCUUAUCACGCUUAGCUUUAGGCUUAGUAUGGGCCGACCCUGAAGCCUUGUUUUUCCAGUGGCCAAACGUCGUAAAAACCAGCGAUUAUCCGCUUCUCGAAUUCAACGUGAACCUAACGCUAACAAGUCUGAUGCAUUUCCGAACCGAUCAAAUCUUCCAAAUCGACACCGAUCCGCCAAGUGGUAAAAAACCGGAAAAAAUCGAAUUUUUCGAAAUCACCGGCGGAUGUUUGGAUGCGAUAAUGGAGUUGAACAAAUCGGCGAUUCAUGACGAGUGGACGCCGAAAUACGGUGACGGAAAAAUCAGUGAGACCAUUUUUCGGGAAUUGGUUGAGAACACGAUUUUGAGUGCGGAAUUUUCGAAGGGUGGUAUUGAGGAGAAGUGGUUUACAACGGGUUUCAGUGCACUGAUUGAUUUGAAUACGAAUUUGAGGGAUGUUUAUGAUUUCAGUCAGUUUUUUUGAUGAUCUAGGCUGGAAAUCCGGGAAAAAAAAAUGAUUUUUCAGAAAAUUUUGUGCGGUAUAUGAAACGAUUUACGAAGCGAUAUACUUUGAUGAAGGAUAUUGAGGUGAGAUUUUUGAGCUAAAAAAAGCUAACAUGAGCAAUGCCGUUGGAAAUAUGGGAUUUUUUAAUAUGAGCAAUGUUUUUUUGCCACGUGGAACUUUUUCAGCCCAGAAAGAUUAUUUUUUUAAAUCUAACAUGAGCAAUGUCUUUUUUUCUAAUAUGAGCAAUGAUCAAUGAGAUUUGAAAUUAGUUAAGUUUUUUCUCAACUCAAAUAUCUGACCAUUGCUCAUAUUGAGAUUUUUUUUGCCACAUGGAUUUUCCCACAGAAAAAUAUAGGAUUGCUCAUGUUAAAUUUGAUUGUUUUCAAAGUUAACAUGAGCAAUGAUACAUUUUCAAGGUAAUUUGAUUUGAAAUGAACAAUUUUGUCAAAUUUUUGGACCAUUGCUCAUAUUAGGCCUAAAAUAUGUACAAUUUCGAGAUUUUUUUUGACACGUGGAUUUUCCCACAGAAAAAUAUAGGAUUGCUCAUGUUAAAUGUGAUUAUUUUCAAAGCUAACAUGAGCAAUGAUACAUUUUCAAGGAAAUUUGAUUUGAAUGAACAAUUUUGUCAAAUUUUCGACCAUUGCUCAUAUUAAGCCUAAAAUGCAAUUUCGAGAUUUGUGAUAUUUCGAGAUUUGUGAUAUAAAUGUGAUAUUUUGCAAAGCUAACAUAGGCAAUGAACAAUUUUUUGACCAUUGCUCAUAUUAAAAAUGUUCAGAAUAUAAACGAUAUGUAUGACAAAGAAAUCGAAGCAAACCUGGUAGUUGUAACCCAAUCCGUAGAUCAUAUAGUUUUCCGCAAAACCGCAAUCUACCAUCAUAAUUUUCGACAAAUUUUUGAAUUAUGGGAUUAUCAAGUCGAAUUGAUCUAUGUGAGUUGGAAGAUCUAGAUCUAGAUUAUUGAAAGAUCUAUCUUGAUCUGUGUUCUAGAACAUUGAUGGAAAUUCGACAUGGCAAGUGAAUCAGAUUUAUCAGACUCCACCGCAUGAAUAUUUGAUUUUCGAGAAUUUGGCAAGAAAUAAUUCGUAUUCAGAAAUUCUAGACCUUUGGGAAACACGCCUCAAGAACUCUUUGAACAUCGAAAAAUUUGUGAAAAAAGUUCAGAACUUUGAAAACUGCAAUGAUUCAUAUCCCGAAACUUUUCAAGAUCCAAAAACUGAAGUCAGAGUUCUAGAAAACUCGAAAUCUCGCCUCGAAUUCGAGAUCUUUUUGAGGUACACCAAAGAGGAUGGUGUUUUUGAAGUUGGCGCAAAAUUUGGUGCAAUUUGGAGCCCGAAAUUCGCGGAGCAUUAUUUGAAAAAUUUGACAAUGACGUGUCCGGUGACGAUUGGGAAAAGUGAGUCAGAAUUGAAGUCAGGCGGCGAAAAAUCUUUUUUUUUUUUUUUUAGAAAAUUCAAACGCUGGAAAAUUUGUGAGCCAACCUUCGGGAAAUGUAGGGCUGAUAGGUGAGUUGAAAAGCGGCUUAAUAUGAGCAAUGGUCAAAAAUCUGACAAAAUUGUUCAUUUCAAAUCAAAUUUCCUUGAAAAUGGCUCAUUGCUCAUGUUAGCUUUGAAAAUAGUCACAUUUAACAUGAGCAAUCCUAUAUUUUUCUGUGGGAAAAUCCACGUUGCAAAAAAAAUGUCAAAAUUUUAUUUUAGGCUUAAUCUGAGCAAUGAUCAAAAAAAUUUGACAAAAUUGUUCAUUUCAAAUCAAAUUUGAAAUUUCCUUAAAAAUGUAUCAUUGCUCAUGUUAGCUUUGAAAAUAAUCACAUUUAACAUGAGCAAUCCUAUAUUUUUCUGUGGGAAAAUCCACGUGGCAAAAAAAAAUCUCGAAAUUGUACAUAUUUUAGGCUUAAUAUGAGCAAUGGUCAAAAAUUUGACAAAAUUAUUCAUUCAAAUCAAAUUUCCUUGAAAAUGUAUCAUUGCUCAUGUUAGCUUUGAAAACAAUCACAGUUAACAUGAGCAAUCCUAUAUUUUUCUGUGGGAAAAUCCACGUGGCAAAAAAAAAUCUCAAAAUUGUACAUAUUUUAGGCUUAAUCUGAGCAAUGGUCAAAAAUUCGACAAAAUUGUUCAUUCAAAUCAAAUUUCCUUGAAAAUGUAUCAUUGCUCAUGUUAGCUUUGAAAAUAAUCACAUUUAACAUGAGCAAUCCUAUAUUUUUCUGUGGUGAAAUCCACGUGGCAAAAAUUGUAUUUUAGGCUUAAUAUGAGCAAUGGUCAGAUAUUUGACUUGAGAAAAACCUUAACUAAUUUCAAAUCUCAAUUGCUCAUAUUAGAAAACUCGCAUAUUUUCAACAAAAUAAGACAUUGCUCAUGUUAGUUUUGAAAAAUAAUCUUUCUGGGCUGAAAUUCACGUGAAAACAUCUGACAAAAAUUCCACGUGGCUUAAAAAUGGAUCAUUGCUCAUAUUAAAAAAAUUCCCAUAUUUCCAACACGGCUAAAACCAUUGCUCAUAUUAGCUUUUUUUGCUCAAAAACUUCAAACUCACCUCAAUAUCCUUCAAUAGCUAAAGAAGGGCAUUGCUCAUGUUAGCUAAUCUUUAUGGGGUGAAAAUCACGUGGCAAAACUUCAAAUUUUGGGUGAGAUCCACGUGUAAACAUCUCAAAUUUCCCGGAUUUUCAGCGAUCAAUAGUCCAAAAGAGAUCGUACAUCAAAUGAUCGACGCCAAAAUCAAUCUAUUCAUCAAGCAAAUCUACAAAACCCUCGUGCAACAAUCAAGUGUCUAUAACUCAGAUUACGAGAAAGCGGUAGCCGAUUUAAAGGCGCAUUUCCACAGGUACUGUGAUCAAUUGGAAUGUUUGGUAGCAACACUUUGCGAUGGUGAAACAUUAAAUUAUUCCACGUUUUUCAAUUGGCUAGCCGUUCAGCGAAGAAAAUUCUUGAAACCCGUUUAUGAAAAUGAGCCGAGAUUUGAAGUUACACAAAGUCCCGGAAUAUCUAAAUCACUACAAUUUACGAUAAGAAUUGCUCAAAGGAGUUUGAUGAAUUUGGAAGAUGAACAAAUUUUGGAAUUCGAUACUGUAAAGACUAAAAAUAGCAGAAAUUGGAGGAUCAGAAGUGUGAAAUUCGGGGGAGGAUGUUCAUCGAGCAGAACACAUCGCUCGAAAUACAAUCUGAUUCCAAUUCUGGAAAAUCCGGGGAUAAAUGGGGAUGGAAAAAUGGAUGAUGGGAUUUAUGACGAGCUUCUAGAUUCCACGAUUUUCCGCGAUGAUUUUUCGGAGAAUCUGACAUUCUUCGAGCAGGAUUUGAGAGUUAUCAUUGAUACGAAUAUUUUCGAAAACUAUACUUAUAGUUUGGAUGAAUAUGCGAAAUAUAUGACGAGAUUUAGUAAGAGAUAUAAGUUGAGAAGAGAUAUUAUGGUAGGUUAGAGACGCAGAGAUGGAAGAGGCGAGACAGCUAGAGAUCGUUGGGAAGUGAGAGACUAGUAGAGAUUAUGGAGAAGAGAUAUCGCAGGGUUAGAGAUAGAAGGGUUAUCAGAGAGACGCAGAGAUGCGAGACAGCUAGAGACCACGGAUAGAUUGAGAGACGCAGAUAUCAGGCUGCUAGACAACUAGAGAAAGUCAGAGAUGCGAGACAGCUAGAGACCACGGAGAGACGCAGAUAUCAGGCUGCUAGACAACUCCAGAAAGUUAGAGAUGCGAGACAGCUAGAGACCACGGAGAGACGCAGAUGCUAGACAACUCCAGAAAGUUAGAGACGCAGAGAUACCAGACAUCUAGAGACCACGGAUAGAUUGAGAGACGCAGAUAUCAGGCUGCUAGACAACUAGAGAAAGUUAGAGAUGCGAGACAGCUAGAGACCACGGAUAGACGCAGAUACCAGGCUGCUAGACAACUAGAGAAAGUUAGAGACGCAGACAUCUUCCAGAAAUCCCAUCUUCUCUUCGAUCAAUCAAAAAAUCCAUCAACUUCAGUUCUGAUUCAUAACCCGGACCAUUUAGUUUUCCGAACCUCAGCGAUUUAUCAAUAUUUACCAGAUCUCGAGUUAGGCCAAGUCACCACAGAAAUUUGGGAAUAUCAGGUCGAAGCGGUUUUUGUGAGUUUGCAAAAUAUGUGUACUUCGAGUUUGGCUAACUUUGAAAAACCCUCUAGAAUGUGAGCUCGUCGAACACUUGGAAAAUUCGUCAAAUUUUCAUGGAGCCUCCGCAAUUUUUCACAGCUUCUUCAAAUUUCGCCGAACUUCGUGCGAGAAAUGAAUUUGUGGCAGAGUGGGAGAAAAAAGUUGGGUUUUUUUUUGAAAUUAAAUUUUUUUAAGAUCAGAAAUUCCACGUGGAUUUUUAGCGCUAAAAUUUCAAAAUUUGAAAAAAUAAUUUUUUAAGAUCAGAAAUUCCACGUGGAUUUUUAGCGGUAAAAUUUCAAAAUUUGAAAAAUAAUUUUUUAAGAUCAGAAAUUCCACGUGGAUUUUUAGCGCUAAAAUUUCAAAAUUUGAAAAAAAUAAUUUUUUAAGAUCAGAAAUUCCACGUGGAUUUUUAGCGCUAAAAUUUUAAAAUUUGAAAAAAAAAUAAUUUUUCAAGAUCAGAAAUUCCCCGUAUUUUUUAGGGAAACCUUAUUCGUUAGGGAGGAGAAUUUGGACAAAUCCUGUAGUGAACUUGAGAAAUUCAAUGGGAAAAAUUAUGUGGAAGUUAGCCGAAGUCAUGGAGAAACUGUGGUGCGAGUUGUGGGAAAAUAUGUGAGGCUUAAAAAAUUUUUUUUUUGAAUUUUGAAUUUUUUGAAUUUCAGGACUCAAAAUUCGAUAAGUAUGAAUAUCAAGGGAUUUUCAAAAAAUGUUGA